AUGCCUGGGACAAUCAGCGUACUGCAGCAAUUCUUUUGCCCAGGAAAGCCCAGGUUCACGGAGCAACAUGUGCCAGACUUGACGGACAAGAUUGUCGUCGUCACCGGGUCCAACACCGGCCUCGGCAAGGAGAUUGCGCGCAUCGUGUACUCCAAAAACGCCACCGUCUACAUGAUGGCGCGCUCAGAGGACAAGACGCUGGCGGCCAUGGAGAGCAUCAGGGCGGACGUUCCUAACUCCGGCGGUGCGCUGCACUUUAUCCGCCUCGACCUGUCUGACCUCGCGAGCGUCAAGGCCGCCGCAGACGCCUUUUUGAGCAGGGAACAAAAGCUUCACCUCCUCUUCAACAACGCAGGCGUCGGGUACCCGGAAAAGGGCGCGACAACAGCGCAGGGCCACGAGCUGCAGCUCGGCGUCAACUGCAUCGGCCCGUUUGCCCUAACAAAGCUGCUGACGCCGCGCCUUGUGGCCGCCGCGAGGACGUCGCCCAAGGACAGCGUGCGCGUCGUCUGGGUCUCAUCGUCGGCGGCCGAGGGCGUCAACCCUGCGACGUUUAUGGAGAGCCUGGCCAAGAUCCAGACGCUGGGCCAGCUGGACCAGUACAGCCUCAGCAAGCUGGGCAACUACCUGCACGCGGCCGAGCACGCGGCCCGCUACAAGGCCGACGGCGUGCUGUCGGUGUCGCUGAACCCGGGGGCGCUCGACUCGGAGUUUUGGCGCACGCAGGGCAGCGUCACGACGUGGCUGCUGCGCCGGACGCUGCUGUACCCGCCCAUCUACGGGGCUUACACGAACCUGUUUGCGGGAUUCUCGCCCGAGGUGACGGCGGACAAGUCGGGCAGUUAUAUUGCUCCUUGGGGCCAGCUGUGGCGAGUCUCCAAGGACAUGCUCGACGCGGCCAAGACCACGGCUGAAGGUGGGACUGGAGUUGCGCGGGAGUUUUGGCAGUGGUGCGAGGAGCAGGUCGAGUCAUACAUCUAG